AUGAGCAACUCUCACCGGAGAUUUCAUCGAAGGGCGCCCCAGGUCGAAGGCACCGGCUCCAACGUCAAAACCGUCAACGUCGAGGUCAUCGCUACCGUGGACACCGCUGGAAACGUGGUUGCCAAAACCACCGUAACGAAGCCAGACUCGACUGUUUCAACGGGAGCAAGCCAGGUACUACCCGUCACAAACGCUAGUGAUGUCUCAGCGCCCUCUGAAUCGUCAGAUGCGGCAGCAUCGACUCCUGCGGUCCCUUCGACAGCAUCUCUACCGUCAGAGACCCAGUCAGCAGUGCUUUCGACACCGACCGAAGCUUCGCGAGCAUCAGUGUCGUCCGUAUCAACCACGCCAAUUGUGGCUGCCGCCGCCGCGCUGCCUUCUGUACCAUCUGUCCCGGCCGUACCGAGUGUUUCACUUCCAUCCGUCCCGUCUGUCCCUGCAUUUCCAAGCGAUCUGACAGUACCCGCAUAUCCCUAUGCUACAUUAAGCGUCAGUACAGUCUCUGCCGAUGCGGACGCUGCAUCGUACGUAUCAAGCGUUACGGCUAGCAGUGAGCCAUCUAUUGUUGCUGCACUUACCGCAGCGGGCACGACCAAGUCGACAACAUCCAGCAUCUCCACUAGCACGUCUUCGAUCACUUCUUUGAUACUAUCCCCUUCGUCCACCUUACUUUCGACAACGAGCGAUUUCACAUACUCGUCACCCACUGUCGUCAACAUGGUAUCAGCAACUGCUAUCUCAUCUAGAGCUGCAUCAGGAUCCUUACAAUCCGGCUCUUCGCUGUCGACCACCGCAUCCUCCAACCGCGCCACGCCCACAGAAUCUUUAGAUUCCGCCGUGUCUUCAUCUUUUCAUGGAAGUAGCAGCUCCAGUUCGAAUGGCGUCAGCGGAUCUGCGACAGCGGCAUCCCCUGCUGAUACUAGCGCCGCUGCUGCUGGCGACUCUGACACUGGUAGCACUGCGCCUCUUGACACCCCGCAAGUUGUGGGUAGCGUAGUAGGCAGUCUCGCUGGCGCUGCUCUUAUCUUGGCUAUCAUCCUAAUGUUGCUCCGUCGCCACAAGCGCGGGAAGGGUGGAGCACUCCAGCUCACUAACAGUCACCCUAGAGAGAAUGAGCAACAGGCAACGCGCCAAGUACAGGCGCCAGCACCCGCAGCAAGGGCCAGCCUCGUGCCUUCCGCGUUCCUCAAUCGCUUUUCUGGUCUCUCUAGGUCGACCGCCGAGACCAGUUCGCCCACGGAACGCAGCUUUCAACGAGUGUCUGGACGCAAGCUACCGUCUGCUUUCAGUGAGGGUAUGACCUCAGACCAGUUCGCACGCGGCGGUCAUAUGUCCGGCAUGACCGACUCUUCUUUCUACCAAGACGAUCACGGCACAUACGGCGGACCUGGGCUGAACAAAGAGUAUGGAGGGGGAUUCGGCAAGGAGGUCGGCGAGACGUCCUUUGCUGGUGGUGCAGCCUUGAUGAACGUCCGACCAAGUCCCGCAAGGACACCAGUCAUCCACCACCCCACCGAAAACCCCUUCGACGACACAAAUCGGACUCUCAGCCCACCAAUGUCACCAAACCCCUUCUCGUCCCCCGCCGAUCUGUCACCUCGAGCCGCACUCGGUAGGAGCCUACACUCUGCUGAUGGCUCUCGAAGCUCGCGCUUCACCGAAAACGUCUGA